AUGGUGACACCUUCUGCCUCUCUGACUGUGAGUCCCAGCAGAUCUCAGAUGUUUGAAGAAGAGUCUGUCUCUCUGAGCUGUGAGGAGGACGACAGCUCUGCUGGAUGGAAGCUGAGGAGGAACACAACCAGAGAAACCAGGAAGGAGUGUGGAGACUGGGGAAGAUCAGCUGGUUCCUUCUGUAUCAUCAACAGCAUCGACCCAAUGGACAAUGGAGUUUACUGGUGUGAGUCCAGAGAGGGAGCAACCAGUAACAGCAUCAACAUCACUGUCACUGAUGGACCAGUGAUCCUGCAGAGUCCUGUCCUCCCUGUGAUGGAGGGAGAUGAUGUCACUCUGCACUGUAAAACAAAGACCUCCAACCUCCCAGCUGAUUUCUAUAAAGAUGGCUCCCUCAUCAGGACUGAGCCUGCAGGUCACAUGACCAUCCACCAUGUUUCCAAGUCUGAUGAAGGCCUCUACAAGUGUCACAUCAGCAGUCAUGGAGAGUCUCCAUCCAGCUGGAUCUCUGUCACAGUUAACAGAAGCUAG